CCAAUGUUACAUGAGGAAGUUCCGGAUAUUGUAUUGACCGGCGAAAAUUUAAGAGCAGACACACGUAAACCUUCAACUGAAGAGAUUAAUCAGGCGGAUGAAGGAUCUUUCAACUCAACAGAGGGAAUGGUCGCAGAGAUGCUCAUUGAGUUGCCUUUAGAAAUUCGUGUACCAGAAGCAGGUGCGGGAAUACAAGCUGGGGACAUCACUGAUCAUUCAAUUUUAGAGACCCCACCCAGAUUCGAUGACAACAUUACUAAGUCACAAUGGUUGAUCCCUGACGAAAUGUUACCAAGCCAAAUAGGUUCGUCAGGAUUCUCUGUGUUUCAUCAAACGGGUCACAAAGGAUUUGUUAUGCCAGUAAUGUCCGCUGACAAAGGAAUACAAGAGGCAGUGAUUAAUGCGGAAGUUGUAAUUGCUCAACCAGAUGUUAUUCCAACUAGGAUAGUCAAACCUAGUAAAUACUUCAGUUCACCUUACAUGACCAAUUACGGCUCUGCAGAAGCUUCUGUUCAAGACCCCACACCUUCCAUUUUUAAAAAGAAGCAUCCUUUUGUUGAAGAUCCAAUUAAUGGCCCGCGAAAUACUUCCCUUAUUCAACAAUACCGGAAUUGGCUCGAACAGGAUCUGCUUCUAAGGCAUGAUAAAAAAAAGGGUAAGGAAAGCCGUUACAAAAAGAAUAUGCAAGCUUUGGAUCCAGAUGACAUCAACUUUGGCUUCAAUUUUGGUGUGGUACAUGUUGAUGACAAAAACUGGUUCUAUCUCUUAUCAAUAAAUGACCAGUCUUGGAAUGACGAGGUGCUAUAUUUCCCAUUUCCUUUUUAUUCCUUAAUUUUACAGUGUCUAUCUAUCUGUUUUUUAAAGCAUAUUUCUCUAUAUUCCUUCUAUGUAUUUCUCUGUAUUUCCCCGUAUUUCUAUGUAUUUCUUCAUUCAAACUGCAUAUUUCUCUGUAACAGUUUUUAGUUUUUCUAUCAAACAAGGUCCGUAUGAAAUUUAAUUUUACCAAUAUGCAUUAAACUUAUUUCAUUUUUUUUACCAGCAUAUUGAUGUCAUUUUUUACUACUUGCGGAAGAAAGGCAAGUACGACAAGGAUAACAGUUUCAAAUUCACAACCGUUAACUGUAUGUUCUUCUCCAAAAUUGAUGAAAUUCAUCGUGCAUAUGCUAAUCCGGAGGG